AUGGAACCACCGUGCCGCGGCGGCACCAGCAAGACUGGGGGCAGGCUCGCCAAACUCAUCCACGCCGCUGGCCAUCCGUUUUUGGUGGCAUCGCGCUCCGGGACGGCCCCAGAGCCUUUCAAGGGAGUGAAGUUCGACUGGACCGACUCAUCGACUUUCGAGAACCCCUUCAAGGCCGACCCAAAGAUCGAUAGGAUCUAUCUCAUUGCACCGGCGGGCUACCUCGACUCGCUUCCAAUCGUCCAGCCGUCCAUCAAGCUCGCCCUCUCGAAGGGCGUCAAGAGGUUCGUCCUCCUUACCGCGACCUUGAGCGAGCCUGGAGGUCCCGGUCUUGGCAAGUUGCACGAGUACAUCGCGAGUCUCGGGGCCGAGUACACCGUCCUUCGUCCAACCUGGUUUAUCGGUGCAGAACUUCGGCACUCUAACGGGAAGAUUCCUCUCAUUGAAGCGGACGACAUCGCUAAAGCAGCAUUCGAUGCCCUGUAUGCCGAGAAGAGCUCCAAUGCGGAUUAUUAUCUUGUGGGACCCGAGCUGUAUACGUAUGACGAGGCAGCUGCUCUCUUCACGGAAAUUCUGGGAAGGAAGAUCGCUCACAAGCACCUGACUGAAGAAGAGGAGUUAGCCAUUUACCAAUCGUUCGGAUUGUCCAAAGAUUACGCCUCCGUGUUGACCGCCGGGGAAGGUUUGGUCACCAAAGGAUCAGAGGAGGCCUUUGUUAGAACCAACAAGACGAUCACCGGAACCCACACCUUGAGGCAGUUCAUCGAGGCGAACAAGCAGAUCUGGAUCAAGCAGUAG